AUGAAGUUAUUCAUCUACUUUGCCGCAUCACUCCUUACCGGAGUAUUCUGCAACGAACUCCGCAGCGAAAACGUCGCCGCCGAGGUACCUGCACACGCAUCUCAGCCAGCUCUCGACACCUAUGCCGGACUCAUUGAAGAGGUGAACUUCGCCGGAAAAACCCCCGCCUUCGUAGACCGUCAAUUCACCACCGAAGAAAAUCUUGACAAUGAAAUUAUCCAAAGCACUGUCUUAACUGCCGGUGAAGGAGCUGAAGAAGAAGAAGAAGAAAAAGAAGAGGAGCCUCUACAGGAAGAAGAGACUAAAAGUGCGGAUGACGAAAAUGCAGCGAGUUCGUCUAUGAUUGAGCAAUGCGUUCCUUUGGCUGUCCUUUCAUUGGUGGCUGCCACCGUCUUGGCUUAA